AUGCCCGGUGCUGUUCUUUAGCUCCCGCGUCUUCAAAUCCUUCCCAGGUUAGGGCACUAGGCAAUAGCCCAUCUUUAAAAAUGGCCAAUUUUGCUCAAAUCCCUUCAUGGUUCUCUCUCAGAUGCUCUCCUCCUUCACUGAAGACCCAACAAAACCCAAAACAAGGUCACGUUGAGAAUUUACACUUAGUUUCUCUAGCCAAACAAGGGAAAAUCCAUGAAGCUCGCGAAUUUCUCAAAGAAAUGGACACUGCAGGUCUUCCUCUUAACCCACAUACUUAUAAAUGCCUCUUUGAAACGUGUGGUGAAUUGAAUUCUUUGUGGGAUGGAAGGUUCUUCCACGAUCGGUUGCGAAGAACGGUCGAGAAACCAUCUGGGAAUCUCGAGAAUUCCGUUCUCAAAAUGUAUUGUCGUUGUGGGAGCCUAGUAGAUGCAAGGAGAGUGUUCGAUGAAAUGCUUGACAAGAACUUGGUUUCUUGGAUUAUAAUUAUAUCUGCUUAUGCACAAGAAGGACUCCUUGAUAGAGCUUUGGGACUCUUAUCACAUAUGCGUCCGUCAGGGAUUACACCGAAUUCCUCUAUUUAUAUUACUCUAUUAAGCUCGUUAAGGAGUCCUUCUCUUUUGGAGAUUGGCAAGCAGAUACAUUCCUAUUCCAUAAGAAAUGGUAUAGGCAACGACGUUUCAGUUCAUGCAGCAAUAGUCAAUAUGUAUGUGAAAUGUGGAUGGUUGGAGGGUGCUGGAGUUAUUUUUGAUAAGAUGGUCGAGAAGAAUGCUGUAGGUUGGACAGGAUUGAUGUUUGGGUAUGUUGAAGCUGGUAGACUAGAAGAUGCUCUGAUUUUGUUCGCAAAGACAAUGAGCGAAGGAGUCGAGUUGGAUGAGUAUGUAUUCUCCAUUGCUCUCAAGGCAUGUGCCAACAUGGAGGACUUGAACCUUGGGAGGCAGAUUCAUGGAUACAUUAUUAAAGUUGGGUUGGAAUCUGAAGUUUCGGUGGGGACUCCUCUUGUAGACCUUUAUGUCAAAUGUGCAAGUUUUGAGUCUGCUUGUAGAGCAUUUGAGAGCAUUUGUGAACCUAAUGAUGUUUCGUGGAGUGCUUUAAUAACUGGCUAUUGCCAAGCAGGUAAAUUUGGGGAGGCUAUUAAAGCCUUUGGAUCUCUAAGGAGCAAAUGUUUCCAUUUAAAUCCAUUUAUCUAUACUAGUAUUUUUCAAGCAUGCUCAGCCACUGCAGAUUUUAAUAUGGGUGCCCAAGCACAUGCUGAUGCAAUAAAAAGGGGUCUAGUUUCAUAUCUACAUGGAGAAAGUGCAAUGAUUACAAUGUACUCAAAAUGUGGCAUGUUGGACUAUGCCUAUCAAGCUUUCGAAUCCAUAGAUAAACCUGAUACUGUGGCUUGGACUGCUAUAAUAUCUGGUCAUGCUUAUCAUGGAAAUGCUUCUGAAGCCCUAAGGCUUUUUAAGAGGAUGCAGGAUCAGAGAGUAAGACCAAACGCUGUUACAUUUGUGGCACUUUUGACUGCCUGUAGCCAUUCUGGUUUAGUAAAAGAGGGUAAGCGGUUCUUGGAAUCAAUGGGCAAUGAUUAUGGAAUAGUUCCAACAAUUGAUCAUUAUGAUUGUAUGAUUGAUAUAUACUCCCGAGCUGGGUUACUCCAAAAAGCACUUGAAUUGGUGGAAAGCAUGCCAUGUGAACCUGAUGCAAUGAGUUGGAAAUCCUUAUUGGGUGGAUGUUGGAUCCAUAGGAACUAUGUACUGGGAACAAUAGCCGCCGAAAAACUCCUUCAGCUUGACCCAUACGAUAUUGCAGCUUAUAUUCUCAUGUUUAAUUUGUAUGCUUCAACUGGUAAAUGGGAAGAGGCAGCUUUUGUUAGGAAGAUGAUGUCCCAGAGGAAUUUGAAGAAGGAGCUUGGCUGCAGCUGGAUUACUGUUAAGGGUAAAGUGCACCGGUUCAUUGUUGGAGAUAAACACCAUCCCCAGACAAAAGAGAUCUAUUCAAAGUUGAAACAGUUCAGUCCCAUUACGAACAAUGAAAUUGGACUUCACACUAAAGAAGAUGAAUCUGGUAAUCUGCCUGAGCGUAAGGAACAACUUCUUGAUCAUAGUGAAAGGCUUGCCAUAGCAUUUGGGCUUAUAUCUAUGCCAUGCAAUGGCCCUAUCGUGAUAUUCAAGAACUUGAGAGCAUGUAAAGAUUGCCAUGAUUUUGCAAAGCAGGUAUCUGAGACAACUGGACGGAAAAUUGUUGUCAGAGAUUCUUGCAGAUUCCACCACUUUGAGUCAGGGAAAUGUUCUUGCAAUGACUACUGGUAAUCCUUGAGACCAAAUCGAUUAAACUUGGAAUGUUCAAUCACUUUUAAGGACGACAGAGUCACUGGUCCUUUAUGGUGGUGAAGGUUGGAAUUCUGCAUCUCUUCAGGAGUUCAUAGUCAUGUCUAAGUCAUCCUCAACACAUAUCUUCUGCUAUGGAAUGCAAUGUAGACAUUUAUUCUGUUAUUGGAGAGGUUAGACAUUUAUUCAGAAAGUAUGAUGUCAAUCCAAGAGUGUAUACAACAGUUGAUAAGAUAAUGAUUCAUAUGAUUGGAGAAACUUUGGAAAUGUGAGUAGUAUCAGUCAUUGGUGUGCUCGCCAACCCUGGACAUAGAUGUCUCGUGUGACUGGUUAACAAGAUUUGGAGACUCUUCAGAUUAUGGUCUCUAAGUGGAUGAGCGACUGGUCCAUUUCUGCUAGUCAUAGUCGAGGUGAUGCAUCCUAAUUUGUUUAGUGGUGCCUAUCCCAUAAUUUGGAUAUGAAAAAGUACAAAACCUUGAAUGGGAAAAGGUGAAGCUUCGUGAGCAGACCCGUUUUAGAUUAUCAAAAAUGUGCUCUUAUGUAUGCUUCUUCUGAGUUUUUAUUAAAUCCUAUAUAAAUUAUACAGAGAUUAUCUUU